CUUGGUAGCGUGGUCACCCUCAGCUCCGUGCAUGCGCCUAUUCAAGAAUUCUUACAUCCUCUACAAACCCUUUUCAAGUGCUCGCCGCAGUAGGCCCAUUGCGCUCGAUCAUGGUCAUCAUGGAGGAGACUCUCGAUCACAUAUUCAAGGUCAUCGUCGUAGGAGGUGGAAUUGCCGGUGUGACCCUCGCCAACUGCCUGCAAAAGGCAGGAAUUGACUACGUCGUUCUUGAAGCUCGCGAUAAGAUCGCACCGCAGAUCGGAGCAUCCGUCUGCUUAGGACCAUCCGCUCUCCGCAUCAUGGAUCAAUUGUCGCUUUGCGAUCAAAUCCUGGAACACUACGAACCGAUCAAUACUCAGAAUCAUUGGAAGGACGGGAAAUGCUUCGCCAGCGAUGACUCUUACAAGCUUUCUAAAGCCAGAUGGGGAUAUGACGUCUGUUGCUUCGAUCGCCAGAUCUUGCUUCAAAUUCUCUACGGUGGUCUCGAGGACCGGUCUAAGGUACGGACUGGCAAGCGGGUUGUCCAGAUCCAUCAUGACGAGUCCGACGGGGUCAAGGUUUUCUGCGAUGAUGGAAGUGUCGUCUCCGGUGACGUUGUGGUUGGCGCAGAUGGCGUCCACAGCAUAGUGCGACAAGAGAUGUGGAGAUACGCGAACUCAUUUAAGCCUGGAACCAUCAGCCAAGAGGAGCAGAAUAGUAUCAAGGCCGAGUACAACUGCCUCUUCGGCAUUUCUAAGGGUGUCAAAGGCGUCACGCCAGGCACAUUUCACAGGAUAUACGCCGAAGGCUCGUCUGGAAUCUUGUUAGCCGGAAAAGACGACAAAGUUCACUGGUUCUUCUUCACGAAGCUCGACAGCACCUACCAUGCCCCUAAUAUUCCAAAGUACACUAAAGAGGAUACCAAGAGGCAUGUCGCCAAGCAUGCUAACUGGCGUUACACGGAUGGAAUCGUCCUGGCCGAUCUUUGGGACAAGCGGACUAGCUAUUCCUUAGCCUGUGUUGAAGAAUAUUUUCUAGAGCAUUGGUCCUGGGGCCGGCUCAUUUGCAUCGGAGAUUCCGUUCAUAAGGCUACGCCAAAUGCCGGCCUAGGAGGAUCACAGGCUAUAGAGAGUUGCGUUGCCCUGGUAAAUGUCUUGCAACAAAUGAUAGGUCGUCUUGUCCACAAAGAGCGAACUAGAUCCUUCGAGUCUAUACCUCGGCGCCCCACCUUCAUAGAUCUCGAGCCAAGUCUCACCAUCGUGCAAAACAAGCGUAGGGCGAGAGCUGCAGCUGCGACUACGGCUUCGAACGCCUUGACCAAGCUUGAAGCCCUCCAAGACUUCAAAGCAAAGCUCCUCAUGCUCAACAUACUACCCAAUUCUGGUGAUUUCCUGCUGAAUCGGAUAUCCUUCAGUACCGUUGGAGCUGAAAAGCUUGAAACCGUACCGGACCCCGAACGCUCAUACUCGGGCUUCGCCAACUUCAACCAGAACUAUGGUGUAGGCAAAGAACAGAGUCGACAACAACGCGCCAUAAUUGCGUUCCCGCUACUGCUUCUCGGCUUCGCCUGUCUCUAUCUCUUUAACGUUAUUCAAGCAGGAUCGACUUUCAAAGCGCAGCACCCACUAAAAGGCAAUUAUCUGGAAUUCGCCAGUUCCUCCGUUGCCUUCUCUAAAUCUUACUGCGGGCCUUUCACAAGCUGCGACAACUUUCUCAAGUUCUUCGUUUCGACAUUCUCGCCCUCUCUGCUCGGAAUCGACAAGAUCUCAUAUUACCAAUCGCUCGCUUUCCUCACAGACGCAAUGCCUAUCUUCCUGAUCUGGGUCUUGGAAAGCUACCGCCGCGCCAACGCCCUCGCCUGCGCCCGCUUCCCCGUCAUCUUCGCUAUUUUAGCCCAACUCUACGGCCUCGGCGCCACAGGUCCCGUGUACUUCUUCCUCCAUUACGUCCAGUCCCCACUCGAGCAAUUCAUCGCCAAAGACUCCCGGAUGAUCAACGUCGCGUACGCUAGCACCGCGCUCGCAUCCCUCAUUGCGGCAUAUGGGAUCCCACAAUACCUGCAGUACUUCGCCUCGUCGUGGGCUCUGCGUCUCCAAGCAAACUCGAUCUGGCAAAUCUUCCCACUUGUUCUGGCGGUGACGCAUUGGGAAACCAUGGCGCUUUGCAUCGAAGAUACGACGAAAGUAGCCCGCUACACCAACCCAAAGGCUGACUUGAAGCACGUCCGGUGGGCCAUACUGACUUGCAGCACCAUUGCGGCCGUAAUUUUCAACUAUGUGCGCUUCACGUCCGGCUACGGCGCUCGCGACCUCUUCGUGCCCUCUUCGGCAUUCUUGGCACAACCUUUGACGUACAUGGCCACGGCAAGCUACGUGGAGGGCUGGCGCUUGUUCCUACAGUUGGACGAAGUAUUUGCCUUUGCGUCUGCCUUUGCGUGGCUGGGACUCCUCUUCCGGGACUUGAAGGAGGCGGAGAUGCUGCACUGGGACUGGUUGCGGCUGGGGCUUGCGAUGCUUCUUGUCACAUUUGUGGCAGGGCCGGGGGCUGCGGUGGGGCUUUUGUGGCUUCUGAGGGAGGAAACGUUGGCUGCCGGGCACAUGAAGGGGGCGGUGGUGAAGCCGAAGGUCAAUGGUGGGUCGUUCCUUUAGGCACGAUAGUACAUGCAGAAGCGCCAGACUUGAUAGCUGUCGUCUGCUCCUGUUCUGACGCUGUUUGAAGUCCCCCAACACCGCAACUAGAAUUCGCAUAGGAUGUAAUAAUCUCGAAGGUCGAAAUCAGGCUAGCGUCGUUUCUAUCCGUGACAUAGCCUUGAAUCGCAGAGUACUGAUCCUUCUAAUCUCUUAUCUCCGCUAGAAUCUUGGC